AUGUGCCAAAGUUGGGCGCCGACGAGGAGUAACGCGUACUACUUCGAGAUGAAGGUCACGAACGCUGGCGAUAAGGGGCAGGUGUCGAUCGGGUUCACCUGCCGAGAUUACAAUCUCAGGCGGCAGCCGGGCUGGGAGUCAAAUAGUUGCGGGUAUCAUGGGGAUGAUGGCUUUAUCUACCGUGGACAUGGAAAAGGAGAAGCUUUUGGUCCAACGUAUACAACUGGUGAUACAGUUGGUGCUGGUAUUAAUUAUGCAUCACAAGAGUUCUUCUUCACAAAGAAUGGGAAGCUGGUUGGAACUGUUGAUAAGGAUAUUAAAGGCCCCUUAUAUCCGACUGUUGCUGUUCACGGCCAGAAUGAAAAGGUGACUGUUAACUUUGGGCAGCAACACUUCCUGUUUGAUAUUAAGACUUAUAGAUCGGAGGAAAUACUAAAGCAGCGGAAGUUGUUUGAGAAACUACCAUUGCCACCAAAUGUUAGUCACUGGAUCGUUCGUUCCUAUUUGUUACAUUAUGGUUAUCAAGAUACCCUGAGUUCAUUCGAUGCUGAAAGUGAGAAUUCUUCUUUGAGGAACCCUACAGCCCAAGAAAAUGGCAUCAGUGAACAAGAAGAUGCUUAUGCGCUAAAUCACAGAAAAAAUCUGCGCCAGCUCAUCAGGAAGGGAAACAUAGAUUCUGCAUUUCGUUAUCUUCGAAAUUGGUAUCCUCAGGUUGUGCAGGUGGAGACAUCAGCAAUUUGUUUCUUACUUCAUGCCCAAAGGUUUAUUGAACAUAUUCGGGAUAAUCAACUGCUGGAUGCUGUGAAUUAUGCUCGUACAGAAUUGAACAAGUUUUUGAAAGUUGAACCCUUUGAAGGAAUGCUUGAGGAUGCCAUUGCAUUGCUAGCAUAUGACAACCCUGCAAAGUCAUGCGUUGGAUAUCUCCUGAAACAAAGCCAACGGGAAUUCGUCGCAGAUGCUGUAAAUGCAGUUAUUCUCUCAACAAAUCCCAAUACGAAGAAUGUCGAAAGCUGUAUGUACUCAUGCAUGGAGAAGUUGCUGAGACAGCUGACUUUGUGUGUUUGGGAGAGGAGGGCUUUGAAUGAGAACCAAGGAGAGGCUUUUGAUCUUCACAGAGAACAGCGCAGAUGGGGAUGGAAGACCCUAGACGAUUGAUCAUAGAGUAAUCUCAAGUUUGUUUUGGUACAGUCGCAUUUUGUCGGGGGAGGACGGAGGGAGUUUUAAGUUGGAUAAAUGUACUGCCUGAAGGUCAGUUUGGUACGCUACAUUAGUGACUGUUGCUGUAAACAUUUUGAAGUGGUGAUGUUUCUGCACUCCCUGCAACUUCAAAUUGUAAAGCUUGUAAACAAAAAACAAGGGGAAAAAAUUCAGCUGCACGAGUACAAAACUUUUGCUUUUCUCGCCCUGGAGUUGAAUUACAUGUUGAAAGUAGAACGCCUUAUUUUAUUUUA